ACAAGCAGAAGCAGCAGAAGCAGCAGUGUUGCUUACUUCUCCCUCUGUGCUUAGAGACGUUCUUUGAUCGAUUUCUUUUCUGUGGGUGGAGGUGAAAACAAUUUCUCGUCUUCACUUUUAAACAUUUACCUUUUAGAUUGGCUCAGGAUCUCUUCAUGAAGAACGGGUCUGAGACGAUGGAGACAGAGGAGGACCUCCUCACUCUGCUCCACAUCAAGCUGUACCACCCGCAGCAGAGCUGCAAAGGUCUCUACAGCUUGCUGCCCCUGGGGACCAGGAGCAGACACUCUGCUGAUGAUCCUCUCAGGCUGGGCCGUGACGCCCAGGCCUGCACCUACUGUCUGGCUGACCCUCGGGUGUCCCGUAAGCAGCUGGCCCUCAGCGCCUACCGUACACCCCAGAGCCCCGAGAUCCUCUUCAGCGUCCAGAACCUGAGCCAGAGGGGGCGACUGUCGGUGAACGGCUCGUCGCUGGGCCACCUGGAGAAGAUGGACCUUCCGGACAAGGCUCUGAUCCGCUUCGGAGAGUACGAGGUGCUCAUCGUUCGGGAGUCCGGAGAGGCCAAGGCCAGCUUUGAGGUGGACCUGGAGGUGCUGCCAGUGUCCCCGUCCAGAGAGACAUGCACCAGUGAGCCGGGAAGGGCACCUGUCAUGGACACAGGCUCGGCCAAUCAUAACACAGCUGGGCUCAGAGAGGAAAGCCCUCAGGAGACUGAUGAGACUGUCAUCUAUCACUCAUGAUGAACAGGCUGGACCUGACUAAACGUCAAGGAAAUAUACAUUGCUGUCCCAUUUGUUACAGUAAGAUUUAUUUUAGUAAGAAUAUCCAUAUUUUAUAUGAAAUCAUGUAAUCAUUUUAUACCUUGACGUUUACUAAUAGUGUGAUAAAACCAGUCUUAAAUGACAGCUUUUGUUAUUAUAAAAAAAAUGUGAUGUGAAGUUUACUUCUAAAUCCUACACUUAAGCAAUAAACUUUCAUUCAAGAUUUGUACAUUUGUAGAUUGUACGAUUCUUCAGAGCACUGUUGCCUCGCAAAUGUGCUCUUUGAUGGACUGCUGAUCUGUCUAGGGUGUGCCCUGCCUCUUGUCCAGUCACAAUCACAAUCAACUUUGUCAAGUUUGUUGGUCCAAGCAGGGAAUUUAACUUCGGAUUCCAGCGCUCGCAUUGUACAAGGAAAGAAAUAAGUGCAGUAUGACUGGUCCUUGCUGAAGAAGCUGACUUUCAGAGUUCUGUGUCCAAACAUAUUAACAGAAAAUGAAGUGGAAGGAAGAAGUAUGGUAGGAAACUGUGCACAGGCAACAGGGAGAACCACUUCACAAGGAGCGGACUGAGGCUGGAGUCAGAGCAUUAAGAGCCUCCACACAGGAGUGUCAAGCCACUCCUGAACCAGACAAACAUCAGAACAUCAGAGACAUUUUACCUGGAAUAAGGAGAGAAAGAACUGGACUGGUCGUUCAGUGGCCCAAAGUCAAUUCUACAUUUCACUUGGAAAUCAAGGCCCCAGAGUCUGGAGGAAGAGAGAGGCUCAGAAUCCACGUUGCUUAAAGCCAAGUGAAAGUUCCCCCAUUCAGUGAUGGUUUGGGGGGCCAUGUCAUCUGCUGGUUCUGGUCCACUGAGUUUCCUGAAGUCCAGUCACCACAGCCAUCUACCAGGACAUUUUAGAGCACUUCCUGCAUCCUUCUGCUGGCAAGCUUUGUGGAGAUGCUGAUUUCAUUUUCUAGCAGGACUUGGUAACUGUUCACACUGCCACAAGGUACCAACAGGAACACCAUGGUUCAGUGACCACGGUGUUCCUGUUUUUGAUUGGCCAGCAAAUUCACCUGAGCUGAACCCCACAUAGUCCAUGGAGUGUUGUCAAGAGGAAGAUAAGUCACCAGACCAAACAAGCCAUGUAACCUGAAGGCUGCUGUCACUCCGGGCUUCCUGAACACCUCAGCAGAACCACAGGCUGACCGCCUCCAUGUCACGUUGCAUGGAUGCAGGACUUCAUGCAGGAGUGCAUAGAAAUCGACACACUAUUCAGAAACAUGGCAUUUCUGUAAAAUGUCCUUUUGUUGUUGAACUGAUGGAAUAUUCACAUUUUCUGACAAUUUAAAUGUUGAGUUUUCGUUGUCUGUAAGCCAAUAUCAUGCCAAUUACAAGAAAUACAGGCUGAAAAUGUCCCUCUACAUGUAACGUAUCUGUUUGACCCUCUGAAAUGAAUGAUAAACCAUUUAACUUUU